CAACGCCGACGACAAUGACAAACAAUUCGCGGCCUAGGAGUGCUGGGCGUCGUCGUUAGUCUUCGGCUGUGGCCGCCAUUACUGCUUCCAGCAAAACCACGCUAUACGCAAAAUUCGUGAAAUUUGUGUAAAUUUUUCAUCGAAUUAUCAACAAAAUUGUGCGUGCAGAUAAUUAUCAGCUGCAGCAACUAAAAGUACAGGAAACCCAAGAAGAAGAGCAACAACAACAACAAUAAUUUAGGAAUAACAAUAAAAGGAAUAGUAAAGAAACAAGGAAAAAAACAAAAAUAAAAAACAACAUUAAUAAGGAAUAAAGAUGAACUGAAAUGUGCAAAUUUGAUCAACGUAAUUAUGCCAAUUCACAUAAUUUUUUCGAUUUCAACGUGAAAAAUGUCGUCGACACAAUUGCUGCGAUCGUUAUUGUUGUUGCUACCACUGCGUUGUCGUCGUAAUUGCAAUAAACUAAUCUCUUUGGCCCUGUUGUUGCUCUCAGCGCUGUUCGCAUACAACGUGCAACGACAGCACCAGCAGCAGCAGCAGACGACGGCAGAAGCAGAGGCAGCGGCGGACGACAACAGCAACAGAAGCAGCAGCAGCAGCAGCGGCGGCAGCAGAAGAAGUAGCAACAACAACAACAGUUCAAGUGAGGCAGCGUCAACAGCAAGUACUACAUUGGACGCAACUUUAUACACAGCAGUUGCAACUGCAGUUGUCACUAAAAAGAAGAAGAAGCUAAGCAGCAGCAAAAGCAGCAAGAGCGGCAAUAAACGGAGCCAGGACGUGGGUACGGAAAGGGCAACGGGCACAGGGGCUGCGUUUAUUAGCUGGCAGAGCAGCCAUUGCCACCGCAGCCCCGGUGCUCAGUCGGAGGCGCAGGUAGAGAAGCAAGUGCUGCAACCCAACAACAGCAGCAACAACAACCACACAGCAACACCAACAACAAAUAAGACUCGUACGGCGUUAACGUUGACGCCGUUGCAUACGCUUAAAAGCAGCAUAUCUCCUCCAUCCAGAAGCGCUUCAAACGCGAGGCUAGCAACAACACCCACAACAAGCACAGCAACAGCAGCAGUCACCACAACAAUAACAACGAAACUGUUGACGAGCUCAGUGUGUUUAGCCAAAGCGACAACAGGAGCAACGCGAGUCGAGGCAGUUAGUUGCAGCAGAAGCAGCAAGAAUCCGCCGUUGCAAGUGGCAUUUGUUGGCAGUUGCCGCUGCAUAGCGAAACUAGCAACUUAGAAGUAGCAGCAGCCACUAAAACUAAUCACCAACAAUAACACCCACAACAAACAACAAACGAACAGCAACCAACAAGAAGAAUAGCAACAUCAACAACAAAACACUACAGCUACAUUAACAACAACAAAUAAUUCCACAUAUUUAUCAGCAAAACGUUCCAUUACAACAACAACAACAACAACAACAAAUAAAACACCCCAAAAAACCAAAACACAAACAAAAAAACAGCCACAAAAUGUCGAAACUAUCGUUCAGAGCACGUCACCUGGAUCCGUCCAAGCAGAUGCCCAUCUACUUGGCGGAGGAGCUGCCCGAUCUGCCCGAGUAUUCGGCCAUCAAUCGCGCUGUGCCCCAAAUGCCAAGUGGCAUGGAGAAAGAGGAAGAGUCGGAGCAUCACUUGCAACGCGCCAUUUGCACUGGUCUUAUCAUCCCCACGCCCGAAGUGCUGCAGACGGAUCAGCCCUUCUACGAUGCCUACUAUCCGCCCGACUACAAGAUGCCGCGCCAAAUGAUCCACAUGCAACCUCUGGGCUUGGAUACAGAAGUGCCGGAUUAUGAUAUGGACAGGGCGGAUAUGGAAUGGCUGGAACAGCAGCAACGUCUGCAGUUGACGGAGCUGCGUUUCGAGCAGAUGAUGGAUCGAUUGGAGAAGAGCUCGGGCCAAACGGUUGUUACGCUUAACGAGGCCAGAACGCUGCUCAAUCAGGACGAUGAGACGAGCAUAUCGGUGUACGAUUACUGGCUAAACAAACGCCUCAAGAUGCAACAUCCGCUGAUACUUACGGUGAAGACGGAAAGUCGACCUGGCGCCAGCUCCAAUAAUCCCUAUUUGGCAUUUCGACGGCGCACCGAGAAAAUGCAAACACGCAAGAAUCGCAAGAACGAUGAAGCCUCCUACGAGAAGAUGCUCAAGUUGCGACGCGAUCUGCAGCGUGCCACAACAAUGCUGGAGAUGGUGCGACGACGCGAGGAUGCGAAGCGUGAUCAUCUCAAGACGACUAUAGAGAUCUUUGAGAAACGCGUCGAGAUGCGUGACUUCAAUGGUGCCGUCUACUCUGAGCUCAAUGCGCAAUACAAGAGCUCAAGACCUGUGUACAAUUCAUUGUAUACGAAUCAAUACUCACAAGGCGCCACAGCAAGCGGACAACCAGGCACAGCUGCUCUUCUGGCCGCCGGUGGAGUUCUUCCAUCGGGUGUUUUGGCCGCUGGCGGUGUUGGCAACACGUCCGUCUAUGCGCAGGCGUCGCAGUACCUGAACACAUCGAGUAUGACAAUGGAUGGCAUCAGCGCAGGCAGCGGCAAUGGAAGCAGCAGUCGAAAGGAGAAGCGUCCGUAUCGGAAGCGCAAGCAUAAAUUGCCACGCGAAAAGCAACAGCAGCAGCAGCAACACCAAGCGCAGCAACACCCACAGCACCAGCAGCACCAACAGCAGCAACAGCAACAACAGUAUUUGCCGGGUCUCGGCCUGGCCACAUCGGCAUCAGGUGUUUCGCCGGCACAUCUGUCCCAUUUGCAUCACCUGCAUCGCCAGAGCGCUUCGCCAGCGGCCGUCGAGUCGAAUGUGGACAGCGAGGAGGACGAUUAUCUCGGUGGAGGCGCACAGAAUGGCAACAAACUGGGCUCCGAGAGCGAGGAGGAGGCGCCGUUUGCAUUUAGACGCAAAGUCAGCUGUAACUACCUGCGGAUGCGUGGAGAUCGUGCUGGUCGCUGGCCCUGGGAGUCGCCGGAUGAGACCGAAGAGCAGGAGGAUGAGCUGCCGCCCGGUGCGGCGGCCUUGGGACCUGAUGCCAAGUAUCGCUAUACGCUCACCUCGAUCAACUAUCCCAGACCUCGCUGCAUUGGCUUUGCGCGUCGUCGUCUUGGACGUGGCGGUCGUGUGCUGUUGGAUCGUGCCACCAGCCGAUUCGAUGACCUGUGGUCACACUUUGAUUACACGGUGCUCGAGAGUGUGGUGAAGGCUGGCAAGCCGCUCAAGAGCAAUGGCCAACAACAGUUGUUGCUGGCAAAGCCCAGCUCCCCGCCCACCGUCGUGGAUUUGCCCACGAGCAAAGCGACCACAACGGAUGGCGCUGCGAUAAGCAACGAGCCCGUUGUCAAAGUGGAGCCGCUCUGCGAGAAGGAACAACAACAACAACAGCUGCCGGUGCCGUUGGCGCCCGAGGAGGAGGCGGACGAUGACGAUGAGAACGAGGAUGAGGCCGAGUACGAUCUGUGGUCGGAAGAUGAGAAUAUCUCGCGGCUGGGCGCUUACAGUUCGGCAGUGACGUUGCAGCACAAUUCGCAGGAAGUGCGCCUGAAGCGUCGUCGGCUGAGGCGUAAGAAACAGCAGCUGCGUGAACUGAAUGCUGUGAAGCGUCUGAAGAGCGCGGCCAUCGAGAGCGAAGAAGGUGGCAUGGCAACGGAUGAAGGCGCUGCCCCGCCUCCACUGCGACCAUUGCCUCGCGCCUACUUGCAUCGUUUGACUCUGGCGCUGCAGGCGACGACGGCACAGAAGGCGCCAGCGGAGGAGCAGUCCAAGGCUACAGAGCUGCAACAACAACAGCAGCAGCAGCAGCACAUGCAACAGUUGGAGUUGCAAUCGCAGCCACAGCAGCAGCAAUCGGAGCUGGAAGUGAAGCAGGAGAUGAGUUGCGAUGAGUUAGUAGAGCAGUCACGUCACGCCAAUCAUCAGCACCACCGUUCCAACAACAGUAAUAGUAACAACAACAACAACACCGUGUUUAAUAACAACAACAACAACAGCAGCAACAACAACAAUAGUAAUAGUAGUAGUAGUAAUAUGAAUAAGAAUGUUAGCAUUAGCGAAAAAUUCAAUGUGAUAAAAGUGGAGGAAGCGGACGCGAAUGCCACUGCGAAUGUGAAUCCAAAUGCGAAUGCUGUGACUGCAGAUAACCACGAUGACGACGACAAUGGCUCAACGCGCGAUGAGCAGCCGGUGGCAUCCACAUCGGCAGCAGCGGCCGCCGCACGUGCCGCCGAAGCGGCAGCAGCAGCAACAACAACAACCGGAGCAACAGCAGCAAUUGCCGCUGCCGGAGCUGGAGCAACGCUGGAGGAGGUGGCCAAGACGAUAAAGCGUGAGCUAAUCGAUGCCGAUGAUUCCAAUGAGCCGCUGAGCAGCAUCCAGCGCACAGCGGCGUCCAUGCAGAGUCAGCCCGAGUUGAUGGACGACGAUGAGGCGGAGGAUGAUGUAAAUCUGGCUCAAUUGAGCAGCAUCAUACGCCACACGGCGGUCAAGAAGGAGUUGCAGGCGCAGCAGCAGCAACAGCAGCGGCGACAACAGCAGGAGGAGAAGCUGGAUCAGCAGCGUUGCUUCAACCAAAUGCCCGACGUGAUUCGGCUGCACAACAAACAGUUGCACAUUGAUGCUAUCGGCGCUGGUGGCGCUUCGCCGGCUGUCACGGAGGACGAUUACGAUGCCUACGAUUACAUGGGCGGACUGUCGCCAACCUCAAGUCAGCGGCUGGACAUUUGCAACGAGCUGCUGUCGGAGAUUCGCCGUGAUUGGCUGCACUUUCGACCCAAGACGCCCACGGAUGAGUUGUCGGACAGCAAUCUGGAGCUGGAGGAGACGGGCAAACUGUGCGGCGAUGGCGCCUUGGUCGAUUGGACACAGGACACACCGAUUAGCAUAGAGCUGAGUCGACUGGGCAAGUGCCUGGACGAUGAUGGCGACGAUGCACAGUUCAUGAGCAGCGCUUUCAAGUACACGGAUCUCGAUGCGGAUGCACAGCUGCUGCAGACCGCCUACGCGCUGGAUUACGCACGUGGCAGCAGCAAUCGCAGUCCCGACAAUGCCAACGGCAACUGCUCCGACACGGGCUCGGCUUUGGGCUCCGGCUCGGCAUUGGAAUUCAAUCUCAGUGGCGGCGAUUCGCUUAAUGACAUUAACAAUCUGCUGGGCGACGAUCACAUGCUGGUCAACAUCCUACAGGAGUGCAGCAUGGAUGAUCCCAAGGCGCUCAAUCAGGCCACCAGCUUCUGGAACGGCAUUCUCGACGGCGAGGCGGCCGUCGAUGAGGUGGAGAAUGCCGACAACCUGCUCGACUGCAAACCCAACAAUGCCAGCGACCUGAAGCGCAGUUCACGCAAUCGCGGACACUUGCGAGGCACUUCGACGCCGUUGGGCAGCUCCAGCUUUACGGUGGCCGAACGUCCAGCGGCGUUCUUUAGUCAAACGCCACCCGUGAAGGAGGAACCAGCCGAGACAUCAUUGCCCAUCAUUGCUGCCGCAGUGCCGGAAGUGAAGCUGGAAACGCUGGAGACGCCAAUGGCAACAGCAACCACAACUGCAACGACAGCAACUGCAUCAGCAACGGCGAUUGCACGACUUGCCACCCCACCGCCUGUUAAUGUGGCAGCCACACCGCCAGUGGCAGUUGCUGCCCCAAUCCCCGUGGCAACUCCGAUUACUGUGGCAGUCACUGUGGCAGCGCCAGUGCCAGUUGCAGCAUCCACGCCGCUGAUUGCCAGCCAUGCAACAGUGGCUGCUGCUGCACAUCCGCAACUGCUCAGCAUUCCCGCCCAGAUCACCACCCAACAACAACAACAGCAGCAGCAUCAACAACACCAACAGCAAUUGAUGCCGCAGAAGCCGCAACAAGUGCAAGUUUCGCAGCAGUUGCUGAAUCAGUUUGCCACAAUUGCAGCGCCCAACACAACACAACUGAUUGCUCGCACCGAGUUUGUGAGCAGCGGCGCAGCUGUGGGCGAUAUUGUGACCAUCACUCCGCACACGGGCAGCAGUCCGUUGCCCACGUUGCCAACACUGACGCCACAGCAACAACAGCUGCAACACCAAUUGGCGCAGGCGCAACUGCGCAAUGUGACGGUGCAACAGCGACAGGCGACACCACAGCAACAACAGCAGCAGCAGCAAUCACAACAGCAGCAGCAACAACAACAGCAGCAGCCGCAGCAACAGUUGCUCUUCCAAAUGCCACGCGAAUUGGGCGGCUCUCCAGCUGUCAUCUCGUCGCAGAGCAUUGUGACGACACGCAGUGGCAACCACAUGAUCUACACGACGAGCAGCGGCGAGAUUAUGACUGCUGCCGGCCAGGUGAGCGGUCAGAAGGUGACCUAUGCCAUACAGAAGAGCGCCAGCGGUGGCAGCACCUCCCUCGGACCCAAUACGGUCAUCACGCUGUCGAAUGUGAAGCUUCAGAACGACGACAGCAACUCGCAGUCGUCGACGCCGUCGAGCGUGAACAUCAUCAAUACUGCUAGCGGACAACAGUUGGCGGUGCAUAGCAUCUCGGGGCUGCAGCAGCAACAGCAGCAGCAGCAACAACAGCAGCUGCAACAGCAACAGCAGACAACCACAAGCACGCCCUUGAUAUUGACCACCUCGGCCCGGAAUAAUGUGUGGCGUCAAGUGAGCGGCACCAAUACGGCAGUCGCUACCACAGCUGUGCUGUCCAGCACCACAUCGGACUCCGCGACUGCGGUGGGCAACAAGAUUCUCUGGACGGGACGUCCCACACAGAAGCGACAGCUAAAUGGACCCGAAAACACAGACAUCAACAAACUGCUGCUGAAUCGCAAGUUCUCGCAGCGUAAAGUGGGCCAACAGGCGGUGGCCCAGCAGCAAAUACAGCUGACGAAGCAGCAGUUGCAGCAGCUAGUGUUGCACGAGGAUGAGUUGGUGGCAGCCAGUGGAGGUGGUGAACAGCUGACGCUGCAGGAUGGCGGCGAUGGCAUGCAACAACAGCAGCAGCAACAACAACAACAGCAGCAGCAGCAACAGUUGCCCAAGUUCAGCAAGGUGAUUAAAAUGGCACAGUUUCCAUUGCUUGUCUCCGAUUUGAAUCUGCAACAGCAGGCGGGGCAACAGCAGCAACAACAGCAGCAGCAACAGAAGCCCAAUUCGGCGGCAGCCAUUGCCGCCAAUCACAACUACAGUCUGCAGCCAGCGACAGCGAUCAUCACAUCGCAGGCGGCGCCACAGCAGGCCAACAAGAUCUUCUUGACGAGCAGCAACAGCAGCGGAGCCGGAGGUGGAAACUUCACCAUUGCCACGGCCAGCGAGCUGCAGGCAGCGGUGGCAGCCAGCAAUGCGGCGGGCCAGCAGAAGCUGCACUACAAGGAGCUGCCCAAUGCCAAUCUCAAGCUGAACUUUGUGAGCAGCGCCGGUGCUGUGAGCACUGCCGAAGCACAGCUCGUCUCUCAGGCAUCGCAGCAGUUGGGCGCCACCACCGUGGUGCUGAGCAAGACGGGCACAACGCUGCAGCAGCAGCAACAGCAGCAGCAGCAACAACAGCAGCAGCAACAGCACCAGAAGCUGAAGACAACCGGUGGCCAGGCGGUGCAAGUUCCCGUCUCGGCGGGCGACAAGCGGGUGCUCUACACGAGUCUGUUGAACGUGAAGCCGCUGCAGAAGAACAACAGCGGACAGAUGCAGAUGCAACUGGGCGCUGGACUGCAGCAGGUGCUGCGUGGACGUCUCAACAACUCGGCGAUUCUCACACGCACUCUGCCCCUGGGCACCACGGUGAACAGCACGGGCGGCGGAGGCGGUGGCACGCCCACAACCAUAAGGCAACUGGUCACCAGCAAUGCGAACAAUGUGUCGUCGGCAGGCGAGGUGGUGACAACGACGGGGCCCAAGGAUGUGGGCAAAGCGCAGCUGACGGUGGAGCAUGUCAUAGCGACUGCGAACAAUGGAGGCGUGGUGUUGCCCACUAGCAACAACAACAACAGCAGCAACAGCAACAAUAAUAACAACAACAAUAACAAUAAUGCGAACAGCAGCAACAACAACAACAACGGCAGUGGAGCAACAGUGGCAACAGCUGGAGGUGGAGGAGGAGGCAGUGGCGGUGCGGGAGGAGGAGGAGGUGGAGGUGUAAGUGCGACGACGAGUCAAGUGAAUGCGACACCGGCGAUCAACAGAUGAGACACGGAUGGUAGCUAACAGCCAAAGGCGAUGGCAUGUGCAGCAAAGUGUUGCACACUCAAUCUGCCCAGCGGCACCUCGCUUAGUCUGGCCUCCACAGCGACAGCGACGCCACCCACAUCGGUGUCAUCGUCAUCGACAUCGUCGUCGUCGUCAUCAUCCUCGUCAACGUCGUCGUCGUCGUCUGCGAGAUCGAGUCCGCUAAUGCUGGCAUUGGGGCAGUGCUGCUGUGCGCUCUGCCUGGUGAAGCUCGGCAAGCAGGCGUCUGCCUAGAUGGCAAUCUAUAUAGAACCGAUAUAUAUAGAUAUAGCACUUAUUCCACAGUGUGUGAAUAUAGCUAAGCCUGCCUGCCUGUUGCUCGCCACACAAUCCUCGGUAGAUUUUCUUUGCAAAAUUCUUGUCUGCUGGCUGGCCUUGACGCUGGCGGCAAGCGAGAGCUGAGCGUGAUGAUUUAGUAACUCUUAUGAUUAUUAAUGUAAAUUGUACUUUGUAGAUUUGUUUGCUAAACACAGCAGAUGCCACAUCGCCAGAGAAUGAGAGAAAGAGGAGUGUGUACAAACGAAAAGAGAGAAAAGCCACCAAUAACAAAGUUCGCUUAAUUUUAGAUAUGUGUGUGUAACGAUUUAGGUCUUAUUUUCAAGAUCGCCUAACCCCUAACUACAACUUAAAGCAUAAAAACCCAAUAAUUAUUAUUAUUAUCGUAUAUAAUAAUAAUAAUAAUAAUAGUAUCGCGCUCAGCUCUUGCAUUAUCCUCCAAUCGAAGCGCUCUGCGAGCCAGCAAGCAACUAAAUUAUUUUCAAUUAAAUUAAUUUACAACAAAAGCAAAAGUGAGAAAAACUACAAAAACCUAAAAAAAAAAAUAACAACAGAAAACAGAAGAAGAAAACUCAAGUGUUAAAUAGCAAACUGUACAUAUUUGAUAAUAAUUUGAAAUGCUAAUGAUAAUGAUAAUGCUAAUGCUAAUAAAUAUGUUUAGUACUGCGAAUCCAGCAAAAAGCAAAAAUGUAAUUCAACAACAACACACACACACACACACACAUACACCUAAAACACACACACACAUACACAGAGAACACUUGGCAUUGUUGGCUUUUUGAGCUGUUUUGCCGUUUCAGAACCACGCGCUUUAGCAUCGACUGCCACGCCCAUUCGAAUGGCGUAGGCAGCGUGCGUUAACGAAGAUGAAGAAAACAAAAAAUAUAAAGAGAAGAAGAAAAAACAAAACAAAAAAACAAAUUAUAUAUAAUAAUAAUAGUAAUAAUAUUGUAAUAAUAAUAAUGAUAGGGAGACCGAGAUAGAGAGAGAGGGCGGAAACAUUUUUCAAUGUACGUAAAUUAAAUUAACUUAUGCUGUAAACAACAACAAACAAAAACAAAACAACAAAAAAACAUUAAACUACAUUUAGUUAUUUUAACUAUGGAGGAGAACACGCAACACAAAAUGAAAGAACGAGGCGACAACAUCGAUCAUGAUCACUCUUCUGAUCAUCGAUCGUGUGUUGCAUCGAUACAUACACACCCAUACAUGCAUACAACACACACACAAACACAUACACUAUUAAUGUAACGCGCUAUUAUUAAUAUUAUUAUUAUUAUUUUUAUACAAGGUAAUACUUUUAAUUGUAACUGUAAAUGCGAAGAAGCGACUUUCGCAACAGCGAACAUAUUUUAAAUCCAAAACAAAAUGCAAAAACAAAAACAAUUAAUUAUACACCUAUAAAUACACGUAUAUAUAUACAAAUAUAUACAUAAAUAUGUAUGUAACGAUAAGUUAAUGCAUAAUAAAGUAUGAUUAAUAUACGUAGCUGUACUUUCUUUAGUCUGUAACUUAGCUUCGUAAGAGCAAGCGAUAAUAAAACUGGAAACAAAAAUGCAACUUAAACAACAAAUUAAUAAAAAAAAAAAAACAACAACUAGAAGAACAACAGCAAACAGCAAGAAAUUUAAACAAACAACAAAAAACUUUAUGCAUAAUUCAAGUAAAUGAAAAUCGAGGAGAAAUGAAGAGAAAAGAAAAAACAAAACACAAUAUUGAUUUGUUUGUUAUUAUUAUGCUCAUUAUUAUUUUUUGUGUUUUUGGAACUUUUUCAGUUGAGAACAAUAUUUGAACUCGAACGAAGGCAUUUGUGAAAAAGCUUUAUACACUGAGAGAAAAAUAAAUGAACCCCAGACUUCCGCUAUAGCAAA